UUCAGACGCUUGUUUUUACUUUGUCUCGAAAGAGAAUGAAUCAGAUCAUUUCCUGCGUUGAAAACGCUUGUACGAUGCGUCAAGCACCUAGGGAUCUCAAAAAGAGGCUUGAGACAAUGUCCGUGUACUUAUGUGAAACUACUUCACACUCAGCCUACGCAAAGGCCAUAAUUACUGGAUUUUUCCAGUCGGUGGGGAGCAAUGUAACUGCGGAAACAAGCUUGCUCGCCGUCAAAAAUGAGAUCCAUGGAGUUUUCAAUGCUUACGGUCCGGUUCUAUUACCAUAUGCAAAUACCCUAAAUUUACAAAUCCAAGUGAUCGAUACUGUGGAGAGAAUCUGCCUUGAAGCGGACUCAUCGUUUUUUCCAGCUUUCGGUUACAUAAUUGAGGUUCUGUCGAACCACGGUGUGGACUUCGAAGCAAUUCAGGUUUGGAAAACCCGUAAGAACAAGGAACGGGAUGAAGGAACGUUGUCACCACGAGAGGUAGCGCUGCUGACAAACUUGCUGGGUACGCCGAUAGGACCUGCCGGUGCGAUCCUUCAGGGGUACGAUCUUGGCCAGGCUAGCCAAGACGCCAGAAACAUGGGCUUCUAAUUUCUAAAGACGGUUGAUCUGGCCGUAGUAGCUAAAAGUCGUAUGUUUGAACAAUAAUCGUUUAGUUAUAUCUCUUCUAUCUUAUUACUAAGGCUUGGCCCGCUUAUGAUGCGGGAUUAUUAAACUUGGAUAUUUUUACUUAUGUCUUUAAUAUAUAAGGGAUGAUUGCAUGCUUUUGCUGGUUAUUUUAGUUUUUCAAUUCAUUUACUUUGGUAUAUUUCUUUUAUAUGCUUGUUUCAUGAUAUCAUUGAACAAAUGUGGAGAUUUGAUAGCAGUUAGGAGAUUUUGUUUUAGGUAAGCUUUAAUCUUAGCCUUAGUGAUGAAAAAAUGUGAUAUGCCCCCAUCUAAUUGUGAUGCUGCGUCCGCCCCUGUCACGAAUCACGAGCCCUAUCGAUGCGAGGGUGGAAAUAUAACUUUAUCCUCGAACACAGAGAGAGAGAGAGAGAUAAUUCUUAUACGGACCAUUUUACCUGGUGGAACACGUUUAGGCUUUUUUUUUUUUUAAGUUUGAUCAAAAUAAGCCCGUUAGAAUUCUUUUGUUGCUUAUCAAAAAAAAAAAAAAUUCUUUUGUUCCAAGUUACCUCUUCAAAAGGCAAGUUUCUUCUUUUUGACUUGCCCCGCAAGUAAUCCUCGAAAGGCUCUUAAUUGUCUUCUCGUCAACUGCUCCAAAACGCCAAUGUUAUUGAUUGAGCUAACAGUCAGCAGAAAAGCUCUUUGCUGCAACCAGGACUAGAUGUGAUUCAGGGGGGCUUUCUGGAGAUAGAGCACGACUUUACUAACCAGGUCAAUUGUUUUGUGCCGUUGACACUUACAGAUAUGCGUACUAACACUAUUAGCAAAUAAAUUUUGGAGUCCCAAAGACCAUCUUGAACUCUCCAUUGCGCUGAGGGAAUAUAAGAGAGAAAAACACUACAUGUAAGUUUUCCAUCAACAGUAGUUCCCUGCUUCAAGUAGAAGUGUAUAGUCAUAAUUUUUUAGGAAAGGAGACAUCAUUUGAGAAGCUUGAAAUGGUUGAGAGCUCAUCACAUCUAGUUAGGUGCUUAACAACGGUUUUCAACAUGAAGAGCAUCACAGCGGAUAUCGUCAACAUCUACGGUGGUACAAGCAACUAUGGCACCAACGAUGAAGCUUGAAACUAUGCCUGAGUACUUAUGUGGAGUUACCCCUCAAUCAGCUUACACGAAAGCCAUACUUAGUGCAUUUUUUCACUCGGUUGGGAGCAAUGUAACGGCGAACAUAAGCGGUAAGUGCAAUUAACUAUUUGAUAAAUUAUUGUAACACUAUGUAUUUGAUAAAUGGUCUCUUAUGAACAUAUCUCGCAGUGAUCUCCAUCAAGAAUGCGAUCGAUGGAGUUUUCAAUUCUUACGGUUCGGUUCUUACCCCCCAUAUAUAAAUAGUACCACUUUGCAAAUAAGUUUUUUUUUUCAUUUAUAAAAAGUGGAGUUUGAUAGCAGUUAGGAGAUUUUGUUUUAGGUAAGCUUUAAUCUUAGCCUUAGUGAUGUUCUACUGGAAUUUCAUUGCAGUUAAGGGAUUUCCCUUUUAGGUAAGCUUUAAUUUUAGCCUUACGGAUUUGAUUAAACCUUUGUUUGGAGCCUAUAUAAUUUUUUACAGUUUUUAAGGCUCAUUUUUCUAACCCUUAUGUUUACAAUCGAUUAAAUUACUUUAUGAGCAUUUGUAAUUGGUCAAUAUGUACUUAUUAUAGUAGUAAAAGUAUUUACAGAAUUUUUAAUCAAAUUAAACAUGUAGUCAUCAGAUAUUACUUGAAGAAAUACUAAAGAGGUGAAGUAUCAUAGUCAUUGACAUAUAAUUAUUCCUUCUAAUUAUCCAAAUAAGGUAGACACAUAACUAUUUAUUUAGAUUUAUUAUUCAUUUACUAGAGACCAAUGUUAUAUAUGUUAUUUUUCUAUCAACAACUUUUGAUGGAACUUACUAUGAAACUAAUUAACAAACAAUAAACAUAGUAUUAAAUUCUCUAUUAACCAAAAAGAAAUUUCAUGCAAUCACAAGGUGAAACAUGACAACACUAAGAUUUAGUGAUAUAUUACUGUUACUGUAGUUCAUAUACACCAUUAUCUCCGAGAGCUCUCAGCUCCCAGGACUUUUCGGUAACUAAUCAAAACAUCGAUUCCAGUUGUUUCCGAGCUGCCUGAUUCUUGAUCCCUAGUUUUUUUUUGUUUUGAUCAAACCACUUUCAUGGAAACUUAAAAGAGUUCAACUCUAUCAAUGGAGUAUACAACAAGGCUAUAAAGACUCAAACAAACCAAAGUAUAGACCAACACACUGGACAAGCAAAUGAGAAAGCUUAAAGAAAAGG